AUGAAAUUAAGUUUUUAAUCCAUAGGCUUUAUGACAUCAUAAAGGUUGCUUGAGUACUUUCAUAAAAAGAAGAAUUAAAUAAACAAAUAAAUAGGAAAUAAAUAAUUUCAUUUCAUAAACCUUCUGAACAAAAUUGAAAUUAAUUCAACUAAUUUCAGUUUGACGCAGAACUAUGUCGAAAAAAAUAAAAAAUCCAUUCUAUUCUUAUUCACGUUCUCUCUUCAUAUAUAAAAAGUAUUUUUUAUAGAUUAAUCUAGCCCAGAUAAGAACAAUGAGACUCAUUUAUAAUUUUUAAAUUAAUGCAAGAUUGAGAUUAUAGCUUAAAAUUUAAUAAUAUAAAGAUAAAAAAUAAAUUACAAAAUAAAAAUAAAAUAAAAAUGA